AUGGCCGAAGGAUUCAAGCUAUACCACUACAGCCCAUCAUCUGGGACUGCUAUUCCAUUUGCUGCUCUUUUUGGCCUUACCACCGUGAUACAUCUGUGGCAAUUGGGUCGAAAUAGAUCAUGGUACUUCAUACCAUUUCUUAUCGGUAGCCUCUUUGAGGCGUGCGGAUACGUUGCGAGGUUCGUGAGUGCUGAAGAAACCCCGACUUGGACGACCAAACCAUAUAUUGCACAAAGCCUGAUGCUUUUGUUGGCGCCCGCUUUUUUCGCAGCCUCUAUAUACAUGGUUCUUGGGAGAAUCAUUCGUCUUUUAAACGGGGCUUCGUGCUCACUCGUUAGACCAUCAUGGUUGUCCAAGAUCUUUGUGACGGGCGAUGUACUGUCGUUCUUCAUCCAGAGUGGAGGUGGUGGUCUACUUGCUACAGCAAAAGACCAGUCGAAAGUCAAACAGGGAAACAACAUGAUUGUUGUAGGACUCUUCGUGCAAAUCCUAUUUUUCGGUUUCUUCAUCGUCGUUUCCUUUGUUUUCCACCGCCGUAUGCUCGCCACACCAUUGUAUGCCGUGGGCGAUACCAAAAUCCCUUGGACAAGUUACAUGAGGGUUCUCUAUGUUGCUAGCGCCCUAGUGAUGAUCCGGUCCAUCUACCGAGUGGCUGAAUAUGUUCAGGGCAGUGAUGGAUAUCUUCAGAGCAAAGAAGUUUUCAUUUACGUGUUUGAUGCGGCGUUAAUGUUGAUUGUUUGCUUGCUCUUUAAUGUCUUCCAUCCCAGCAAAAUCCUGCCUCGAGCCUACAGGAUAGAGGAAGAAACGGACGUGGAGAUGUUGAACCAAGAUGGACACACUGGUUACAGACACACUGGUUACAACAACCUUUGA